GGCGGCGGUCUGCGGCUCUCAGGGAGGCAAUGGGGUGCACCGCAGCAGAGCUCAUCUGGUCGCUUCUGGGGCUGUGGCUGCUGAUAUGCAGCUGGGGGUGCCCCGGGAGCGCGGAGCUGCGAGCCCCGCCGGAUAAGAUCGCAAUUGUUGGAGCUGGAAUUGGUGGCACUUCAGCAGCCUAUUAUCUGAGGCAGAAAUUUGGGAAAGAUGUGAAGAUUGACCUGUUUGAAAGAGAAGAGGUGGGGGGCCGUCUGGCCACCAUGAAGGUUCAGGGGCAAGAUUAUGAGGCAGGAGGCUCUGUCAUCCAUCCUUUAAAUCUGCACAUGAAGCGUUUUGUCAAAGACCUAGGUCUCUCUCCUGUUGAGGGCUCUGGUGGCCUAAUGGGGGUGUAUAAUGGAGAAACUCUGGUGUUUGAGGAGAGCAGCUGGUUUAUAAUUAACAUGAUUAAACUAGUUUGGCGCUAUGGAUUUCAGUCCCUCCGAAUGCACAUGUGGGUAGAGGACGUGUUAGACAAGUUCAUGAGGAUCUACCGCUAUCAAUCUCACGACUAUGCCUUCAGUAGUGUAGAAAAACUACUACAUGCUUUAGGAGGGGAUGACUUCCUUGGGAUGCUUAACCGAACACUUCUUGAAACCUUGCAGAAAGCAGGCUUCUCUGAGAAAUUCCUCAAUGAAAUCGUUACUCCUGUCAUGAGGGUCAAUUAUGGCCAAAGCACAGACAUCAAUGCCUUUGUUGGGGCAGUGUCACUGGCUUGUACUGAUUCUGGCCUUUGGGCAGUAGAAGGUGGCAAUAAACUUGUUUGCUCAAGGCUCCUUCAGGCUUCCAAAGGCAAUCUUAUACAUGGCUCGGUAAUGUACAUAGAGGAGAAAACAAGGACCAAGCAGACUGGAAAUCCCACAAAGAUGUAUGAAGUGGUAUAUCAAACUGGAUCUGAGACCCGUUCAGACUUCUAUGACAUCAUCUUGGUGGCCACUCCACUGAAUCGAAAAAUGUCCAACAUAACUUUCGUCAAUUUUGAUCCUCCAGUUGAGGAAUUCCAUCAAUACUACCAACAUAUAGUAACAACAUUAGUUAAGGGGGAAUUGAAUACAACUAUCUUUAGCUCUAGAGCCAUAGAUAAGUUUGGCCUUACUACAGUUUUAACCACUGAUAAUCCAAAUUUGUUCAUUAACAGCAUUGGGAUUGUAUCCUCUGUAGGAGAAAAGAACUAUCCUCCACCAUCAACAGAUGGGACAUAUGUUUGGAAGAUCUUUUCCCAAGAAACUCUUACUAAAGCACAAAUUUUAAAGCUAUUUUUGUCCUAUGAUUAUGCUGUAAAGAAGCCAUGGCUUGCAUAUCCUCACUAUAAGCCCCCAGAGAAAUGCCCGUCCAUCAUACUCCAUGAUCGACUUUAUUACCUCAAUGGCAUAGAGUGUGCAGCAAGUGCCAUGGAAAUGAGUGCCAUUGCAGCCCACAAUGCCGCGCUCCUUGCCUAUCACCGCUGGAACCAGCACACAGACAUGAUUGACCAAGAUGGCUUAUAUGAGAAACUUAAAAUUGAACUAUGAAAUAACACUCUCUCUUUUCCCUUCCUAAUUCUAAAUGAAUAUCACUGGUAAAAACAAAAUCUGAGCAGAGAUGAUUUUGAGUCAGAUAUUCUGCCAUUAUCAUUGUUUAACAAAAGUAAUCCCCGUGGAUAAGAAAAUACAAGAUUCUAAUUAAGUGUGAA